UUCAUGAAGAAGAAAAAGGAGGAGGAAGGAGAGAAUGAAAAAAGCACAAAAGCAAUGGAACUUUCUUAAUAACAAAUUCUCUAUAAUUUAACUGUGGCCGGACAGAAAGGGAGAAGGUCCCCGUGAGAAGACGAGGACCUGUCUUUAUAAUUUGAGAAUCUUGUUGAGAACAUUAUUACCUGAGACCUGAUUUGUAUUAUUAGGAAAAGAUGUUUUUUCUUGUUUUCAUGGCCGUCUUUGCUGCGCUUCCCUUGGGAUGGUGUUCACAGGUGAACUAUUGUCAGUGCGACCAACCAGUAAAAUCCGAAGGACACGGCACAGGACAUUCUUACAGGCAGACAAGGCAUCUCCACCAUCAGGGGUCUCGCAGACGACACCGCGUGAGAGGUUCAAAAACUCUUUCUGAUGAGUUUGCACCUCGGAUCAUCGAUCAUCCUUCGGAUUUGGUUGUACAAAAAGACAAACCAGCUACUCUGAAUUGUCGGGCGGAGGGCAAUCCAGCACCUACUAUCGAAUGGUAUCGCAAUGGAGAAUAUGUGGAAACUAACAAAAACACUCAACAUCCCCAACGCGUUCUGCUACCGGGAGGAUCACUGUUUUUCUACCAACUCAAAGGGAAAUCCGAUGAGGGAAUCUAUAUGUGUGUAGCACGAAACCAUCUAGGAACCGCUUACAGCAGGAACUCUUCUCUCUUCAUUGCUGCUCUGAGGGAUGAUUUCCGUCUCCAGCCAUCCAAUGCCAUGGUAGCCGUGGGCAACCCGCUUGUCAUUGACUGUUUGCCUCCUAAAGGACAUCCUGAGCCUACGGUGACCUGGAAAAAAGACGGGGUUCCUGUAACUGCCAGCAGCCGUUUUACGGUCGCGCCUGGUAAACUCGCCAUCAGCUAUGCGUUGAAGUCAGAUUCCGGGGUGUACAUGUGUGUCGCCACAAACCAAGCUGGGGAAAAAGAGAGUAGAGGUGCCCAAAUCUCUGUGUUGGAAAAACCUGUGAUCACGACCAAACCAGUGGACAUCGUGACAAGAUUGGGAAGUAUCGUACAAUUUUCAUGUGGUGUCCAAGGUGACCCAAAACCCAUUGUACAAUGGGGCAAAGAAGGAGGAGAGCUUCCUCAAGGGAGAUAUGAAAUUACUGGGGAAAAUACGUUACGGAUUAAACAUGUGAUCGCGCAUGACUCAGGAAAUUACAUCUGUACCGCAAGGAACAUCAUGGAGUCAGUGUCUGCGCAGGGACUGCUCAUUGUACGAGAUCCAUUGGACACUGGUCAGAUCGAUUGGCAAAAAGAAGUCCACAGGCAACUGGCCAAUGUGCGUGUCGUCCUCGAUAAUAUAACAGCGCUUCCUACGUCUUCUGUCUAUGUCCACUGGAAGGUUUCUUCGCCUUCUCCGCUCAUUGAAGGAUACAGUGUUCUUUAUCGUCUUCACAAGCUGUCCGAUUCUCAAUGGACGGAGUGGAUUUUACCAGUGAGUACCGAGUACAACGCUAUUAUCCCAUCUUUGCGCAGAGGGCAGACGUAUGAUUUAAAAAUCCGACCCUUCGCAAGGAAAAUCUAUGGGACAGAAAGCAAUACGAGACGUAUCCAAAUUCCUGAUGCAGUACCAGAUGUUGCCCCCCAGAACAUCAACGUGACGCGCGGUGAGGAUGGAAAUGGGUCGAUUAUUGUGAGCUGGGACGCUCCGCCACUCGGUAUUUACAGUGAUAACAUUAAAGGUUACAAGGUUUGGUGCUUUGGAAAUGAGACGUAUCCUCAGUCAGACUGGAUUGUGGACGAGGAAACCAAGCGUUUAGAAAUCCCUGCGUUGACGUCAGGGGUCCAAUACCAGGUUCAAGUGGCAGCGAUUAAUGAUGCCGGGAUCGGGAUCCCAAGUAAACCCAAAUACAUCUUUCUAGCAGAUGGCACAGAAGUGACGAGAGAGAAGAAGGAAGAUGUACUGUAUUUGGACUUUGUCCUACAAGUCCUUCGCCACCCGGCUUUUAUUGCGACUGCCGGAGCUAUUGCCUGGCUCAUAUUAAUGAUGGUUACUAUUUAUAUAUGCCAACGCCAUUCGAGGCGGUACAGCACAAAAAAACGCAGUGAUCUGGUGAAUGGUCUUUAUCGAUUUGCAAGUGAAGACACUAUAAUUAAACACAGGAUGGACACCAGUGACUCACCGUGGCUCUCGAACACGUGGAAAUCCACCUCCUGUUCUAGAAACUACAGCAGCACGACCAGUAUGAACAGUCAGUUCCUGUGGUCAGAGACCAAAGACGCGGCAGAUUUCCAUAAAUCUACGAUCUCUUUUGAGCGGAAAAGUGAAGGAAGUCGCAGCCAGAUAAUCUCUGUGGUCCCAGACAGCAGCAGUCUAUAUGGAGCGCUUUAUGUUGAUCUUCCGGGGAGAGAUAUGACAACGUUUCAGCGCCCUCUGCCUGGGAAGCAUGCCGUGGCUGCACCGUGUGGCCGAGAAAGACCCGUGCCCCUGGAAAUGCCUGGAAAGCAUGACGUGGCUGCACCGUGUGGCAGAGAGAGACCCGUGCCCCUGACAAUGUUCGACCAGAGAUCUUUCUCACAGUUUUGCACAGAAAACCAUAACCAUAUUUAUGGCGACGCAAGGAACAAACUGCAACGGAAACCAACGGAUUCUCCUAAUAUCUCACUAAAGGAAUCGUGGGUGCAUAACUUUAAGAAAGAGUUACAUCAGGUGAAUAGCGCUCCACUGUCACCAUCUUGUCAAACGCCUGAAAAUGGCCGUGUCCCAGGAUUUAAAAGACCAGAAAUACAUCAAUCUGGGAACGGUGACUACGCAAAGGUAAUGAAAACUUUCAGUUCUCCCAAAAUUCUUCAGUAUACAACCUCUCUUAAAGUGGUGGAUCUUCUGCCGUUCACCGCUCUCCCACCACCGCCUGUCCCCCCGCCACAGGAAGAUUCCUCACGUGACGCUCAGGAAGACAUAUUCUCCAAUUCGUCCUCAAAUUCUGGUCGCAGCCAAGAAAAAGAUCAAAAACGGAACAACAUCCAUCAAAAACAGACUCCACCCAAUACGCUGAAUUUCAACCGUGCUUCUGCCACCUCCCUAUCAUUCUCAAUGAAUGGUGAUAACGUACUCACACCGGAGGAUGUAGAGAAAUACUUGGAGCUGGGAGCACCGGAAGACAACAGCGGGUGUAACUCAGUGAUUGACUCUACCCUCCCGCAGCCAAUCCGCUCUGCGCACACCUACGGCUACAUCUGCAGCCCAUUAUCUUCUGAACUGGUGGAGUCGGUGCAGAUGGAUGAAGAUGAUGACCUCGAGAUGGAUGAUGUAAAUUCGUUAAAGUCUUAUCGCAAGUAUUGCGAAACUCCAACAUCCAGCAUCAGCGAAUACGAGAGCUCCAUAGCUGGGUCCCUGGUAAAUGGCUGGGGCUCCGUAUCGGAGGAUAAUUACACCAGCGCUCGCUGCAGUAUGGUCAGCUCCACCGAUGGAUCCUUUUUAAUGGAUGCAAACUUUGCCAAGGCCCUGGCUGUGGCGGUGGACAGUUUUUGCUUUGGAGAAGAUGGUGGGACAGACAGAGUUUACACAGAUUACGCCCCCUUUCCGGCCCCCUUGGACGGCGUGACUCCUGGGAACACUAUGGCUGAAAAUGGAGAAAUGUCUAAAAAGAAAGGGAAGCGCAGUGCGCUGCCCGUCCUGGACUGGAACAUCGACUGGAUGGACGAAAUGGAGACAAAAUACAGCGCCAAAAAUCACUUCCCUUUUAAUAAGAAGAUCAAUCCUUUUAAUUAACAUGAGCAAAUCUCCGUGAAGCGGACCGCCAGUUGGAAGACACACGUCUAUAGAGCGGUGGGAGCCAUGCACAGGCCUGUCAUUCCCAGCCAAUCCUAGUGAUACGACCAUAGGAAAUGCUAGUAAUUAAGUCGGUGAUCAGAGAGAUUGUACUCAGUUUAUUCUGUUUAACCAGGAGAUUAAACUUUGUCCCAGCAAUACAUAUACUGGUGUCAUGUUAUAUCCUUGUUAUUGUAAUAAUUACACAGGAAUCUCUUGUAUAAGCAAUGCCGGGGCAGCAGUGUAGGACUUAUUGAUUACAUUAAAAUAGAUUCUAUUUCAAGAGAUAAAUAUAUUCAAGUAUAUACAAAGGAAUCCUUCUAUUUUCUCCUCUAGCUACAAUUAAUGGCGAAUAUUCGUUAUUUUCCGUAAAAUAUUUUUUAAGAUUAAAGAUAGCGCUUUGUUAAUGUGUUAGGGGAAAAAAAAUAAACCUUGGAAAAAAUAUAUAUAGAUUAAUCCACUAUUAAUAUAAAACAUUAUAACUGUAGCAAAGUGUCUAAAAUAGAAAAGUUAAGUGGACGGAAAUAUUUAUACAACUAAGUCAAAGCCUUGAGUAGUAAUAUGUCCUAAUAUAACUAAUAUUCUGUAAUUAAUAUCAUUAAUAAUCUGUGCAACGUCCUCUAGAGUAGGUAGCAGCGGCUUAUUAUAGCAACUAAAUGAUAAAUUAGCGUAAUCUGACAAAUGCUACGUCUGCUGUUUUUCCAGAUUAACAUCCAAUUCAAUUCUCCAUAAUACUUGGUUUGCUGAAAUCACUGGAGAGAUCUAGAACAAUUAAUAUUAUAAUAAUCUUAACUUUCUAUGAAUUUCUAUGCAAUUCCUCUGAAACUUGGUUCCGAUUUGCAUCACGUAACACGGGAUGAAUGUUUCUCCUCGUAGCCCAGUUUGGAUCUUGCUGACAUCACAUUGAUAUAAAGCAGGGAACCUAAUAGAACAUUAAAUACUAACAAAUAUGAAGUAAAUUACAGAAAUUCUACACUUGAUUUUUUUAUACUUUAGCCGAUUUUGUUGUAGAAUAAAUCGUAAGGAAUGAGCGCAUUCUGUAAAUAAAAUGUUUAAAUGUUUAUUUUGCUGUUGUUGGAAGACUAUGGCAAAUAAACGCCAGAUAUAUACGGAUGUUUGUUUAACCUUUAUUCCAGAUGUUCAAUUACAUUUCCUUCUGAGAUUCUAGAUGUUAAAAAUUUAGUUUAUUUAAAUAAACCUUUUAAACCUG